UGGGGGAGGGGGUUGCAGUGCAGCCUCCGUCCGCCAGCGCCACUUCAGGGAUCCUGCCUGCACCGCACCGGGCGCACCAUGGCGCGCCGGGCUGUCCUCGUGCUGCUGCUGCUGCUGGGACUGCUGAGCGCUCCGGUGUCUCCCCAGGACGAUUUCAACUUAUUGGAUGCCCUGGACGACACUGAGAAGAAGCCCACACCACCCCCCAAAAAACCCGCUUCGGGGGAUGACUUCAGUUUAGAAGAUGCGGUCGCUGGGGGAGGACACAAUGACCCCGUGCCUCCCGAUCCACCGAAACCAAAACCGAAUCCAAACCCCAACCACCCUGGAACUUCUGGUGGGUUAUCCGAUUCUGACCUGGUCGACUUCACGUCCGGUGGAGGCGGGGGCGGUGGCGGAGGUGGUGGCGGAGGCGGUGGCGAAGGAAACCAGAGGCAUGAUGGGGAGGGAGAAGGCGAACCCCAGGGCGUGGUCCCUGGCAUCAUAGGGGCUGUGGUGGUGGCCGUGGCCGGGGCCAUUUCCAGCUUUAUUGCCUACCAGAAAAAGAAGUUGUGCUUCAAAGAAAACGAUGAACCGAAGAUGUAGGGUGGAGUAGCACCCCCCGGAAGGGCCUCCAGACCCCGUCCUGUCUGAUCAGGGUGUCUGUCUCCUGAGAUGCACAGCCAAAGCGCUCCGAGCCUCCUCCCCUCCCCGCUAGCGAAUGUCUCGGCGGUCACCUGCUCCCACACUCCCUGCCGUCCCGGGGUGUCCCUCGCUUUGCCCCUUUGUCGUACACGGAAGCAUCUUGUAUUCUUGCGCUGGUCACUUGAGGAAGUGAAGAUCUGUGGCCGUGUUCCCUUUUCCGGUGAAACCCCACAGAAAGAAGUGCGGUCCAUGACGUCCACGCACAAACCGAGUUCGUCGCCACGGGCGUCUUUGGCAGUGCAUUUGGCCAGAGGGCAGCGGACAGCCACCAUGCUCCCUGCAUGGUGACCGGGGUCCCUGGGUCUGACCUCUCACACCACAGAUGCGAUUCGGACGCUCGGAUUCCCAGCCUGUAGACUUCUCCCAGGGUGUAUUUACCCCUCCGUUCCCGCCAAGCAGUCCCUGACCCUCUCUCUGUAAUCAGCUUGUCCAGGAUGUCGGGGUGUCUCCAUGGUGGGGGAGGGGACGUCCACAGGUUUAGGGGUCACCCUGACAGUGUCACAGGUUUGUCAUUUUUAAGGCAGACUAUUGCUGGCCUCACAGAAUUUCUGCGUCCGUGUGUGCCCCCGUAAGCAUCCCUGAGUAUUUGUUCCUUCUUCACUCUCCGCUCUCUGCUUCCCGGGCGUCAAAAUGACCUUUCUUGUUUGCCUCUGGGGUGAGGGUCCAGCGAGCCUUGCUGGUGACUUGGGGUUGAGGUUUUGGGGUUAGGGUGGGGGUUGUUGAUGGGGCGUUCGGGUCAGAACCCUACCAUGUGGACCCCGUGGGCUCCCGCGUGGGUCUGGUCACCUCCAGCAGUCCCCUGCGUAACCCUGACAGCCUUCCUGAUGUUUGCAAGAUGCGUGCGUGGUCUCCCGGUUCCGGUGACGUGAAGCCUGUGCCCCACUCAGCACAGUAUCGACUCUCUGUGGGUCCCCAAGGAGUCAGUCUGACAUGUCGCCUGAAGGUGGAGCCAUGCUGGUCCGUGGUCCCCAGGUCCCCACACGUGGUGGGCAUGCUCAUAAAUUAGAGAGGUGUCGUCCCCAUGCUGGCUGCUGUUGCCGUGACCGCCACCCACCACCCCCACCCACAGUCCCUGCAGAAGCACAAGAAUGGCUUGGGCUUCUUUUCACUCGUGUGUUUGGCCCUUGCAGUUCUGAGGGCCACAGCGGGUGUGGUGGAGGGUGGGUCCCCUGCCAUCUGCUCUCCUCUUUGGGGCUUGGCGUCUGGGGGGUCUCAUGUUCCAAGCACAAAGCUUCUGCCCGGUGCCGCCUCCCUUCCAGAAUGGUCACACGAGCUCCACUGAAUGUCGUCCCCGCAGCUCAGAGUCUGGGGGUCUUGCUCAAUGUCCCUGGUGCUGGAGACUCAUUGUGACCCUAGUCAGGGGUGCCCCCUGGUGGCUUCAUCCCUGAAAGGGGCUGAGUCUAGGGACAAAGGUUUAUCUCUGGCUUCCUGGAGGGUGGAGACCUCGGGAAGCCUCCAGCUCCUUUAUCAACAGGGUGCGGCCCCUAAACACCCUCCUUCAGAAGUUGCCUCCACCCAGUGGCGGGGCUGGUGGCGCCCGAGUCCUUCCGCCAUCCUGCCCCCUAGUGUUUACUCAGAGGCAGCGCAGGGAGCAGUGGUUCCACGCGCUACAAAUAACAUUCACCCACAAUGGCUUUUGCUCUUGCUGCAUAGAUCACAUGGGCCUUUUCUUUUGUUCUCUCAAAUGUGUCCAGAUUUGAGGUGGCCCUUGACCGUCCCGUUAGAAUCUCUGGGCUGUUUAGUCACUCACAUUUUAGUUUGGUGGACACCCGUGGCGUGCUGUGCAAUUAAAGCCCAUCCGUAGAUGAGUGGAUGAAGAAGCAGUGGGACCUUUGCACAGUGGAAUACUACGCAGCCCUAAAAAAAUGAAAGGAAUCCUACCCUUUGCCCGGGAUACACCUGGAGAGCAUUAUGUUCAGUGGCAUAAGCCAGUCACAGAAAGACAAGUGCCGUGUGAUGUCCCUUCUGUAAGGAGUAAAAUCAAGUGAGAAAUAAAACACAGAUUCAUACAUAUGGAGGGGGAAUGCAUACAUUCAGAGGGGAGGGGGUUACGGGGCCAGGUGAAAAAGAUGAAGCAAAAAAAUAGCGAUAAACUCGUAGACACAGACAACAGUGUGGCGAUGACCAGAGGGAGGGGGUGGGGGGA